UCCGCUCCUCUCAGCGUCGUUGUCUGGCUGUGAACUCUCACCCCAGCUGCUCGGGAAAUGUCACACAGGCAGGGAGGCCCGUGCUGCAGUAGGGGGGCGUAAUAGGAAGGAAAAAAUAACAUUUUCUCCGUUCUCAGCGCAUCAUUCAGCAGAGACUCUGCGGUGCAAGUGCCACAUCCCGCUACCAGCCACCACCACCAACAGCAGCAGCAGCAGCCGCCGAUAACGCACCGCAGUCUCGGUGCUCGUUUCGCAUUAAACCUGAUAUAUAUUAAUAAUAAAAAAAAAAUAAAAAAAAACCGUGGCAGACAUGGGACAGAGCCGUCAUCCUCUCUCGAAGAUGUCCACGCAGGAGGCCUACUGGCUCGUGAAGCAGCUGCCCAGUAGAAGAUCCUGGGAUUGAGACGUGAAUCCCUUUACACCGAUGGCCUGGACUGAGUUUCAGCUGGCCUGCUGAAGCUAUGGGGAGCUGCUGGAGCUGUCUGUACAGAGACCCCAUCCGAGACAACCAUCUCACCAAAUUUAAGGUCAUCAAUGUUGAUGAUGAAGGCAACGAGCUCGGCUCUGGGAUCAUGGAGCUCACCCAGACUGAGCUCAUUCUUCACACACGCAAAAGAGACGCCAUCCGGUGGCCGUAUCUCUGCCUGCGACGCUACGGCUAUGACUCCAACCUGUUUUCCUUUGAGAGCGGCCGCCGCUGUCAGACAGGGCAGGGAAUCUUUGCAUUCAAGUGUUCACGGGCUGAAGAGAUCUUCAACCUGCUCCAGGAGCUGAUGCAAUGCAACAGCAUCAAUGUGGUGGAGGAGUCAAUGAUUAUGAGUCGAAGUGGCCACACACCAGAGAUGGACAUGUCUCGGACACCACAGACUCCCAACACUCCAGCUUUUCCUGUCCAGUCCUUUCCAAAUGGAUAUCCAGGUUAUCCCAUCAGAGGGGAUUCCUCCCAACCAUCUCUUGAUGAUCAUGCACACAGCCUCAUGGCUUUGGAAGACCAGACUCACACCUAUGUGAAUACUGUGAGUAUGGACGGAGAUCUUUCCAUGCGUCACUGUGUGCACUCUCUGCCUGAGUUGCGGCCUAGCGCUUUGCCAGAAACGACACGUGGGGCCAUGCCUGUCGGAGGCCAAGGGAACCCACAGUCCAACAUGAGAUGCUGUCCGCUUGAGGAGCGCAAAGACCCCCAGGUGUUCCUACAGCCGUCCUCGCAGGAGGUCAAGUUCAUGUUGGGGCCCACUCCAGCUCAGCGCCAUCUCAUGGAGAGGGAGAGGCUCGGGCACAAUCCUCACAACCUUCAGCCAGCAGAGGGUGCUACAGGUUCAGAGACGGAGGGGGACGAGCCUGGGAUGCACUUGUGCAACUCUCACUCCUAUCACCAUUUCCAUCACCACAUGCACCGGCAUCCGAGCCACGAGCACCCAGACAGCUCCCAGAGUGGCGAGCUCACCUACGAGAACAUCAACGGCCUGCGAAGCGGCCGAAAGCAGCGCCUGAGCCCCAGCAGCGUGUCGCAGUCUGUGGGGUCGAGCAGCAGCAGCAGCACUGGGGAUAGCCACUCACACUCACUGUUGCACUCACAUGGCCACGGCCCUUCAUCUCUGCCUCCUCAGGGCUACGCCUGUGAGAGGGGCAUGGGCGGAGGCCACCGCCGGACAGCUCUUCUCAACUACGAAAACCUGCCCUCACUGCCACCUGUGUGGGAGUACAGCGCCUUGCAGCGGGACGAUGAGCAGGAGGAGGACGAUGAAGAUCAGGAUGAGGAUGAAUAUGAAGAAGAGGAGGAUGACUUUGAUGAGUACGAGUUCUCAGAAGGCCCAGGAACGCCCAACGGGUACCACCAGGACAGUCGGGGUAUCCACCGAGACGCCCUGCAGAACUAUGUCAACACAGAGCAAGUGCAGCCGCCCCGGCUACGGCACCCCUGCCCCCCGCAUCCUCGGGCGUGUCGACCAGACAGUGCAGGGCGAAUAUUUAGCUUCGAUUUCCGAAGGCGAUCACGUUCAGGGGUCGGAGGUUGCGAGCAUGGUCACAUGCCUCCAUCACGGCAGCUGAAUUACAUCCAGGUGGACCUGGAGGAAGAACCUCCCCGCCAAGCCCUCGGCAGUGGGGGUGCCCAGCCACAGCACCAGCGCCUACCACCCAAACAAUGUGGCCCGCCGGUACCCAGACGCAGCGAGUGCUACGCCGUGAUUGACCUGAAGAAGACCGCUGCCAUGUCCAACCUGCAGAAAGCACUGCCCAGGGAUGAUGGGACUUCCAGAAAGACUCGCCACAACAGCACAGACCUGCCUCUGUAAAUGAAGUUCAGACUGGAGACAGAUGAAGGCCUCAUCCUCAUGUUAGCACACUGGACCCUUCACUGUCAUCCAUCCAUUCAAGCGUUGGGCUGGAUAAAACGGUACAGGUACCUAAUUAGAAACUCAGUGAAAGUGAAUUGUGAAUGGAAAUGAGAAAAGUCUGAGGAGAAUUUGAAGUUAUCUUUAUUUGUCAAAUAUCAGGUUAAAACUUACUUAAAAGCAUCAAGUUUCAUAUAAAUAUAUGAAGGCAGUGCCUUGCAGAAGUACUUGUGUCUCUUAAAGUUUUUCACAAUUUGUAAUGUUAUGAACACAAACGUAAAUGCCUUUUUGGAGGGAUUUUAUGUGAUAAACCAACACAAAGUAAUACCCAAUUGUGAAGGGAGUAAAAAUUGGUAUUUUUCAACAGGUUUAAAAGAUUUACAGCCUCUAACAGGUUUUCUCCCAGGUUUGAACUGGAACUAGCUCCAGCCAUCUUCUUAUCGACUCUGACCAGCUUCCCUAGUUCUACUAAGGAAAACAGUCUCCACAGCAUGUUGGUGCCACCACUAUGUUUCACAGUGAGGAUGGUGUUUUCAGGUUGAUGUACAGAUAUAACUUUUUAUAUACACCAGAAAUUUCAAUUUUGAUCUCAUUUGUCCAGAUCAGCCUAUUCCAAAUAUUUGCUGCAUCCCUCACAUGCAUUGUGUUUAGAACUUCUUGUGGCUUUCUUCUUGCAAAGCUUCCAGAAAUCAUAAAUUUGUGGUGGGCAUGAUGCCUCAUCAUGCCAGCAGAUCUUCCCACCUCAGCUGUGGAUCACUGCAGCUCCUCCAGAGUUACUACAAUCCUCUUGGCUGCCUCUACGUCCACAGGAGUAAAGUUGUGUUUAUACAGAGAUAAAAUUAGUCACAGGUGAAAAGUAUUGAUUGAUUAGAUGACUUUGGAAGUCAGUUAGUUGCAUUGAACUUUAUUAUUAUUGUGCUGGUCUGUCUCAUGAAAUCCCAAUGACAUGCAUUGAGGUUUGGUUCAGGUAUAACAAGGUGUUUUGCAAGACGCUGUUUCUUCUAAAUAUGAUGCUUUAUGCUUCGCUGUUGUCCAACAGAGGUCUUCAUUUUUGGUGGAAGAAGUUAUUGCCAUACGGUAUUAUCAAGUUUGAUAUUACUUGCAUUUCAUUCAUGUUUUUUUUUUUUUACAUGUAAUGUUCUAAACAUCAGAGAUGCAACCGUCAUCAGAGAGGAACCAUUGAUGGCAUGAAGGCAGGUCAACGGUUUCUUUUCUGACCGGUGUUCAUACCUCAUCACAAGCACUUAAAUCUAAUGUUGUGGCUCGUAUGUUUAUUACUGUAUGCCUAAAAAGCAUUUUGCACACAAUCCUAUGGAAUUGUAUCGAAUCAUAUUGUAGAAGCCGUCUUAAUCGAGCAGAGUUCGAAAGUGAAAAAAACAGGAUAAAAAGAAAAGAUUGGGAGAUUUGGAGAGUAGUACUUAACUGUAUGACAGUAAACGUAGCACACGCUGAGUAAAUUAAGUUUGGCUCUCUGCUGUUGGCAUGCAGAAAUCAAAACCGUAGCAUAUCAUCCUCAGUCACAUCUCCUGCAUAUCAUUCCUGACGCAAGGGAGGGUGGGUCCAUGCCAGUCACGUUGCACUUUUGACUUUAGGCCACUUUGUCACCACUGCACCCACAGGUUGGGUCCUUUUUGCCACAAAAAUGGGGUCCGAAGGGACACUGUUCGACAUCAGCUUCAAUAGUUUAAUAAAGUGUUCUCGGUUAGAGACGUUGAUGACCUCAAACAGUGGCAUUAAGCUGUAACCUCAUGGGAACUGAGCUAAAUCUAUGAUUUAUCAGUUAUCAGGGCUGUUUUAAAGGGGGUUUAAGCAUGUUGCAAAGUCAUAAAGUUGCUUUCUUUUUUUUAAGUUAUUUAUAAACCGUUUCAAAUAUGUAUUUAUUUAUAACAUAUUUAUUUAUUCAUUUAAAAAAAGUGUAAUUUAUUUUUUUCUCCAUACGAUGACCAGCGUUUUGUGGUCCAGUAGGUAAUCUGGAGACCAAAGUUUCACCUCAAAUUAUCACUGGACUCUGGUGUAUUACUGUUAUUAAUAUGCUUAAGUAUAUUUUUGAAAAAAAGAAUGACUGUAUUUAUAUUUUAAGUGCCAAAUUGUAAUUGCUACCAGUCGGAAAAAUUAAAAAGUAAAAUGUGCCACAGGGAUUUUUUUUAGGGGGAAAUUGGGGGAGAGAUGAGGCACAAAGUGAAAAUGGGUGAAGAGGGAUACAAAUAAAUACAACAAUCCAGUUUUUUGAAAGUUUUUCAAAUUAAAAUAAUAAAAACCACACAUUCCACCUCAUCCACAUAGGUAGCCAUGCUAAAAGGAAACACGAGAAGGAUAAUCUUUUAGUCUGAUAAUCACUGUUCUGGUGGUUUUUUGCUGCUACUUGUACAUACUAACAGUAGCCCAUAUAAGCUACAGGUACAUGUCAAAAUGAGAAAAAUAAUGUGAUGUCAGACUUUUUACCAUGUUGUCAAUAGGAAUAGUGUCGUUGUCGUCUUCUGGUUUUAUUUGUGGGCGGCAGGAAUGUCACGGCUCAUUUCAGAGGGGGUCAAUGUGGUCAAAACUUUGUUCCAUGCAGACAGAUUUAUCCUGAACUGACUCAAAGAAAACGUAAGGGAAUCACAGGCAUCCAUCUUUAUUCUGACUGCUCAUAUUAGCUUUGCGUGUAAAGCUGAUGGAAAGAGAGAUGUUUUUAGAUUUACUCUUGUGGAAUCUUUGGAAGGCAGAUUCACUGUGGCGUUUAACUCAAGGUGAUCUGUUUGUCUUUCAGCCAGAGUGUUAAUUUGAAACAGGUGCAGACUCUCAACUUCUGACAGGGGUUUUUUUUUUUUGGCUUCAUAGACUGCUUUAGGUGUUAAACAAAGGAAAACACUGCAGAUCACCAUGUUAGUAAAACAUAUGUUUUAUUUACAAAAAAAAUCUUUGAAAUAAUUUAAUUAGUGAUGGAAAAAAAUAUAUCUGUAUUUCAGUGAUUGUGUCUUUCUCUACGUGGUACGUAAAAUUCAGAUUUUAUCUGUGUGUCUAUCAGUUAAAGAGGGGGUAUUAUGAAAAGUCAUCUUGAAACUUUAUAUAGUUUUCUGUUAUUCUCUCAACAAAAUAAUACUUGAUGGAACUGGGCGUUUGCUGAGCCCAUCAUAGGAACUUCCACUCAGUCCCAACACUUGUAAGAGCGGUUGUAAACAGCAUAAUGGAGGAGCAUUGUUGUGAUGAUGUCUUGAAGGCAGCGUGUCGGAAUGAGCAGGAGCUCAGGAGACGAAGGUCCAUCUUCAAGUUGUCAAAUUGCUUUCAAGUCAUGUUGAUAUAUACAGCAUUUUCAUAACAGGUGAAAGAAAGAUGGUUACCUGAUAGUUGUGUAAAAUGGCACAGUGUGUUAGUAAAAGACAUAAUACCCCUCCUUUAACAUUUUUUCCACCUCUACGGUGCACAUUUUAGGACAGAUUUUAUUCUGACGCACACUUUAUUUCCAAGACCUUUUCAUCUGAAGACAUUUUUGCUGAGACUUUUUAUUCUAUUGCCUUUCAGUCAUAGGUCUGAUGGGAUUUUUGUCUAUGGUUUGACAUCUGAGGCCGUUUGUUCUAAUGUGCGAGGAUGAAACCUGAGACCUGAGGAUGUCCUAAAAAGUACACUGCACUCUGCAGCAGAAGCUUCAAAUAACCACGUCAGAAGUUGAGAGCUUGUAUUUUAUUUAGUUUUUGUACUGGAUAAAAAAGACAUCUUGAAGCCAACAUUGAUGGCUGAAGCAUUGAUGCACAGAGGGAUGUUUACAUUUUUGCAAUAAUAGGACUAUUAUUGUUUUACGGAUCUAAAUUGGAACAACAUGUGAAGUGUGAAAUCUGUAGCUUGUAGAGCUGUAAGCUAUAUGUGCGUGUUCGCCUUCGAGGAGCAGAUGUAGAAAAUCUACCAAAAAAAUGUUUUCUUUAUCGUUACUUCACUCUUACAUCACCAUGCAGUAGGUGACCACUGAGAGUGCUUGUAGUAGAUUAUCUCGUGUUACAAAUUUUAAAGCAGCGGUGUUUAAUCUUACAAAAAUCAGCAGGUGAUUUAAGUGUAUUUUUGACAUGUGGUUUUAAAGUCAUUAAACUAACUGUGGUAACUACUUUUGUUAUUAAAUAAUAACCUCACCCAGUUUUUUAAAGCAUCAACACCAGCUUCUCUUGUGUUCAUGGGCCAACAAUCAGUAGAAAUGGGAACAUGAAACGAACAUCCUCCAGGUCUUUCUGUUGCCAAGCCGUUAUGUGAUCGUAUUCUUCUCGAGGUCAAGCGAAGUGCAGCUCCGAGCUCAGUAACUCUGUGGAAGUGGAUUCACGUCUGUGCUGUCUCAAGGCUUUCAUAACUGUUGAGUGUUGAUGCUUGAGGCCCUGUUUCACACAGGUGUUAAGGAUGCCAGUUAAAAUUUGUUUUUUGUAAUCUGGGGGGCAAGUAGCUACAAGUUGAGAUCAUAAAUCCAUCCCAUCAAUAGUUUUGACAAACCGGAUUUACAGAAGAAAGAAGUUGAAGUUUUAAAAAAAAAGGGCUUGCUCUGUUUUUACUGUGUAAAAUGUGAUUGCGUCCAUAUACCUUGUGUGUUUAUUUUAUUUUUAUUUGCAUUGUGCCUUGCAUUCUCACACUGGUUUAACAUUUUCUUUGCUGGAAGUGAAGGUAUUGUUUUUUUGUUUUUUUUUAAAGGUGCCUGUUGGAAGUUUGGAGACAUAACGAGGCUUAAAGGGAAAUGUUUUCAAUUUCAGGUUCUGAAAAUAAUGUGCCAACAUCUGAUUUGCAUAUCACUGCUUUGACGAGAUUUUCACUGAAAGAAUGUUUGAAUCAGUUGGUUAAAUUAGUCUCUGCUCAGAUUUGGAGAAGCAUGUUGCCACUCUCUUGUCUUUGCUUUAUUCCAUGGUCUAAAAACUUUUUUUUUCAGAAAAAUUUUGUCAAAUCCUCUUUUCUUGUUUUUACAUACAGCCCACAUCUAGACUUGACAAAGUCAAGAUUUUGAGGCGACCCCUUGUGCACAGCCCUCUAUUGAACCACCCAUAUUUUCUGCUGUAUUUAUUUCUAAUCUCUAGCUCGGCUGCUCCAAACCCUCCAUUUCAUGUUCUUUUGAGCUCUGUUGUUUUAUAUGAAACAUCACCAAAGGGAUCUUGCCCAAAAAAGGCAAGUUUGGUUUUAUGAAAUAAUUUGUAAGAUCUACAUGUUUCCUUCGGGACAAAAGAAUUCACAAUUUUGUCCAGGACAUUGCAGAUAGUUCUGUAGAACAUGAUCGAUGCUUGUUGGAUGUUUCAGCUGCUCCUUCAGUUUUGCUCGGGGUCUCUUUAGCCCCCCUGACCAAUUGGAGUCUCAUCUCUUCAGUGUUUUUUUUUUUUUGGAAACACCCACUUUUUCCAGUGCCCCCUCCUUAUGUUUUCUCUAAUUGUCAGUGGUAACCUUCAUUGUAUUAUGUUGUGGUGUAUGCAUUUUGUGCUGAGAUUUUUUUUUUUUUUUUUUUUUUACAAUCUUCCUGGCUGCUACCUUUUAUGUAGUGAGAUUAUUGUGACCUCAUGUAACCUUUUUGCAAAAUCUGACUUCAACCAAAGGAUGCAAAUAUUAAAGUCUUGCAAGGAAAGGUGAACUUCUCUACAAUUAAUAACAAAUGCCUGUCAAAACUGAAUCAAAAGCUGCUUCAACGAAUUAUUAGUUCAGAGAUUUGCACCCUUUUGCAUCAAGUUAAUGGCAGCUUUUUGGUUUUUUAAAUCCUCUAAAACAUUUUCUACUUAAAUCUGGAUUUAUGUCAUAUGUGAACAAGAUUAAACAUAAUUCCAAAGUAUUUCUUUACAUAAACAAAAAAACCUGCCUUUUUAAAAGGGUGUGUGCUGUCAGUAGUAGGGAUUGUCCAAAUAUUCGAGCCAGAUUUUUCCCAUUGUUCUUCAUGACUCCCCCCGGAGUUUGUUUUAAAAAAAACAUUGUGUAGAGUACAAUUAUAAGACCAACAACUUUUCAGAUGGUGUUUAAAGCUUACCAACAUCUUGACUAGCUCUGCUCUCUGUUGAAGACAUGUCUGCUCCUGUACAUGGGUGUCAACGGCCAUUGCCUGCCGUCGUAACCCUGUGGAGGUUUAACGGAAAACAUCAAGCCCUUUAAUGGCUUCAGUUUGAAACAACGAGACUUACAUGACCAUAACUGCAUGUGGAUCUUUUUCCUGUAUGAAAUUUUCACAAACUUGUGGUUUUCUUUUGCUUCCCAUUGAUACAGAGCUGUGGGAAAACAUUUGUCCGCAGUCAACAGGAUCAUUGCCAUCACAGUCUGUCAGAGUUUCAAAGUCAUUGGCUUUAUGGAGCAGCAUGUCGCUGUAGUUUACAACACUACCUGAGGGCGCCUCAGUAGCUGUUUUCUCCUGCUGAUUUGUCACAUCUGAAAAAAAGAUGAGACAAAUAACUACAAAUAUAUACAUUCACACCCAAGGGCACUUUACAAUCACCAGAUAAUCUGACAUGCAUGUUCCUGAACUGAGGAAACUGGAGUCUCCUGCAGAAAUUGACGCAUAUACAGGAAAGAACAUAAAAACUCCCCAUGUCCCAGCUCUGCAUCCUAAAAUUAGAUUGAAAUAGUUCCAUUAAAGUUGCCCUUUGAAUCAGUUGGGAUCAUUUUUGAUGUCACGUUCAUAGCAAAGACUCGGGAGUGGCAUUAUUGUACUUCUCCAACUCUUGGGCAGUCAUCUAAAAUGUGGAUGUAAUCCUGUCAAAUCUGAAUGCACCAUCAUGUUUUUGUAAGAACUAACAAGAGCAGAAAAUUGUUUAUGAAGACACAUUAAUGAAGGCAUAAAUCAUGACCGAAGCUGUGUAUUGUCAAAUAUAAGGAGUUAAAUAUCAGGGGAUUGUGCUGAAUUUCAUGACAAUCUGAUUUCUCAUCAGCUGACAACUGUUCUCGUAGUGACCAUGGGAAUACUUUUUGUUUUGUUUUGUUUUUUACAUUUUUUGUGCACUUCUCAAACAUGGAUUUUAAUCGAUGUGUACGUUUUUAAAAUAGGAUUUAAUUGAAAUCUGGCAUCAGAUUCUAGGAAUACAGUAAAACCAGAGAGACAAACCCAGCAGUCAGUGCCACACAUCAUCUUCAUCAAGUUUCCAUUCUCAUUUGAGUGAUUUGCCUCUUUUUUAAUGCACCAUAUUUAAAAAUAUCUUCCUUCAGACGACAUUAUCCAAAUAACAUGUUGUUAAACCUCAACUUUCUGUCCCAGCUGUGAGUUAAAUCUGUCAAAUACUGAAAGUAUCAGAAGACUAAUAUCUCAUGUUAUAACUGUGUAUUUUACUUUUAAAUCUCUUUUUCUUGUCUGGUACUGGCUGUAAUUGCCACCAGAGGGUGAUGUACAUGUACGGGUCUGAGCUGUACAUUUUUCCUUUUUUUGUGACAGAUUUGUGUAUUUAUGUGCAGGUGGGAAUAAAACUUUGUCACUACUAUAUGAAAUUCUGAAUGGAAUGAGUGCCAAAUAUGCCUGAGCAUGAUAAAUUGUGUUACUCAAGAGGAGCUGUCGGUACUCCUGACUCAUGAAAGUAAGACUUGAGUGACUCACUGCAGCUGAGGAGAAAAAUCACAAAAAAAAAACAAAAAAUGAAUGCACAGCUGAAGGGUUGAUCAUGCUCAAUAUUUUUGCUGAAAGUGCGAAAAACUUUAAGAAUUUUUGUCUUGUUUUUAAAAAAAAGGGAAAAAAAAGUUUCUUCAAAAAUAUUUGUUGUAUGUUUCUGUGUCCAUCCAUGGCUUAAAAAUGCUGUCAGUGAUGGUCUUCUUCAUGCGCCAUUAGCAGUGAAUAUUAAAAGCUGAUUUACUUUAUUUUUUUGGACUUGGUAAAGAGAAGAAAAAAAAACAAACACAUUUUGGUUACUUUCAUUCUUGAACUAUUCGGUUUUUGUGUGUUUCUAAUCAUCCCGAAAACAAAGUGAGCCUGACAUUCGAUGAAUUUUAUUCUGGAUUUAUUCAAUUAUUUGUCCAAAAUGUAAAAGUAAAUGUAAUUCUAAUAUUAAAAUGAAACUAUGAAAAUA